CGUCAGCAGUGCGCCGGCGGCCGUGGGAGCUGCACCCGGGCAGCGUGGAGGAUAGGUUCAGAAGCACGCAUGGGGCUGGGUCCGCGUUCUGCUCACAAGGCGCGGCGCCAGUUCCAGGGUGCCUGCCGACGGGGACGUGCGGCCCGGGGUUCGGGGCGUCCCCCUCCGGGCCGCGAUGGGUGUCCCCGGCCGCCAGUGGCGGCUGCGCGUGCGGAGCAGGCCCCAGAAACUCUCCCGCACCUGAGCCCGGAGGCGCUCGGGUAUUUCCGACGGGCGCUGUCAGCGCUGAAAGUGGCUCCCGAUGCCCCGGAAGAACGAGACUUGAUGGUGCGCAAUAUUUUGAAGGAAGUGGAGGAUCAGGCUCUAGCCUUGGCCACGAACAGGACUGGUAGUGAAAUGCUGCAGGAACUUUUGGGGUUCAGUCCUUUGAAACCUCUGUGUCGAGUGUGGGCUGCUCUGCGCCCCAACCUGCGCUUUGUGGCCUGUCAUCGGUGUGGGGUUCACGUUUUGCAAAGUGCUUUGCUGCAGCUGCCUCGAUUGCUGAGGAACCCUGCAGAAGCAGAAGAGGAGGAGGAGGUGGAUGAGGAUGGGAAGCAUGGUCCCUUGCAGACGACUCUGGAGGAGCUAGUCCUGGGGCUAGCCGCUGAGGUGUCUGAUGACUUUCUUUUCUUCUGUGGAGAUACACAUGGCAGCUUCGUGGUCAGAACUCUGCUGCAAGUGUUAGGAGGUACUCUUCUGGAGCCUGAGAGAGCCAGGUCCCGUGUUUCCCAGUCGUCUGAAACACAAAGGACCUCAGCUCGGGAAUGUAAGCCCACUGAUUUUGAGGUUCCUAAAACCUUCUUGAAUAGCCUCCAGAACCUGAGUACCUGCUUUCUGAAGGACAUUGCAGUAUUUAUCACUGACAAGAUCUCCAGCUUUUGUCUUCAAGUGGCCUUGCAGAUCUUACAUCACAGAUUACCACAGCAUUGUGCCCAACUCUGUGAUGCUAUAAUCGAUUACCUGAGUUCUCGUAAUUCUUCAGCAGGUGGCAGCCCUCUGCUCCUGUUUCUUCGGGAUCAGACAAGCUCCAGACUCUUGGAGCAGGUGCUGCUGGUGUUAGGACCGGUGAGGCUCCAGCGCCUCUUUGAGGAUCACUUGCGGGGUCAGCUGCAUUCCUUGGCUGCACAUCCCAUUGCUAACUUCCCUCUGCAGCGCUUUCUGGAUGCAGUCACUUCCCCCGAGCUGCUGUCCCUUGUGUUUGAGGAGCUGAGCCCUGCCCUGGAAGCUGUGCUGGCCCAGGGCCACCCAGGGGUAGUUGUCGCUCUGGUGGAGGCCUGCCGCAGGGUUGGGACUCACCAAGCCCAGGUUUUGCAGCUGUUAUUGGAGGCGUUCCACUGUGCAGAGCCCUCAUCCCGGCAAGCAGCCUGUGCGCCUCUCUUUGCCUCUUUGUUGGCUUAUGAGGUAUACUAUGAACUAAUGGAAGAGGAGGGGGCAGUGCCUGCAGAACAUCAGGUAGAAAUGGCCACAACCAAAGCUCUGAGGGAAGUGACAGUACUUGGGUCUCUACUGCUCCAGCACUUGUUGUAUUUCUCCAACCCUGGACUUGUACUUCGAAGUCUGAGUGCCUUGACAGGACCACAGCUCCUGGCUCUGGCGCAGAGCCCUGCAGGCUCUCACGUAUUUGAUGCCAUCCUGACUAGCCCCUCUGUGACGCACAAGCAGCGUCGUCGUGUGCUGAAGACACUAAAGGGACAGUAUGUGGCUCUUGCCUGUAGUCGCCACGGCAGCCGUGUAUUAGAUGCCAUCUGGAGCGGAGCAGCUUUGGGGGCCCGGAAGGAGAUUGCUGCUGAACUGGGAGAGCAGAACCAAGAGUUGAUUCAAGAUGCUUUUGGCCACCAUGUGGCCCGAAAUGUGGCCCUGACCACCUUCUUGAAGCGACGAGAGACUUGGGAACAGCAGCAGAGUGCUGUGGCCAAGCGGAGACGGGCAUUGAACUCUGUACUUGAAGACUGAGGCCUCACGGCCUGGGAGGAGGUAUUGAUGGGAGGAUAUGCUUAUCCUUCCUGCUUUAAGUUGGAGUCACAAGUCUCAUUGGAGCAGAUGGAGUAACACACAGAAAACUGUAAACCUACUGCUUGUAAGGUUGUAACAAGAAUUUCAAGAAUUCACUGCAAUUAAAGAUGUGCCAACAAGCA